GGCGAACCAUCGGUGGCGUGGCAGGGGGUCUCUGUGCGCCUCCGGAGCGGGACAGGGGUCUAGCACCAGCCCGUGGGGUUUGAUAAGCCGGUAGCGGGGAGAGGCCUAAGUGACGAGUGUGUGAUUGCGUAGGAGCGAGCGAGUGAAACGCUCUGAUAGAGUGAUAGAAACGGAGCGGGCGGAGGAGCACAGCCUUUCCUGGGGUGAUUCUCUUCCAGCCCCCUGCCAUGAUGGGCCCCCGCCGGAAAUCCACCAAGCCCCAGGGCGCUGGAGGAGGGCCGGCCGACGUGCGGAAGCAGGAGGAGCCCAAGGACUACAUCAACGAGCUCUCCCACGAGGUGCUCUGCCACAUAUUUAAGUACCUGCCCCUGCUGGAUAUCAUGUGCAUGGAGUGCUUGUCUCGGAAGCUGCGGGAGGCGGUGAUGCUGUACCUGCGGGUGGUGAAGGUGGUGGACCUGUGUGCCGGGCGCUGGUGGGAGUACAUGCCCUCAGGCUUCACAGACUCCAGCUUCCUGAUGCUGCUGAAGAAGAUGCCAGACCUGGAGCAGCUGUACGGCCUGCACCCCCGAUACCUGGAGCGGCGACGGGUUCGAGGACACGAGGCAUUCAGCAUCCCCGGGGUCCUGGAGGCUCUGCAGGCCUGCCCCUCUCUGCUGGGAGUGGAGACGUCCCACUUGGAGCUGGUGGAGGCCAUCUGGAACUACAUGCCUCAGGUGCACGUUCUGGGAAAAUUCAGGAACCGGAACGGGGCGUUCCCGAUCCCUCCAGAAAACAAGCUCACCAUUCCCAUCGGUGCCAAGAUCCAGACCCUCCACCUCGUAGGAGUGAAUGUGCCGGAGAUCCCCUGUGUUCCCUUGCUGAGACACCUCUAUCUGAAGUGGGUCCGCCUCACCAAGCCCCAGCCCUUCAAGGACUUCCUCUGCGUCAGCCUGCGCACCUUCGUCAUGAGGAACUGUGCAGGCCCCACUAACUCCCUGAAGUACGUGCCCCUGGUGACGGGCCUGGCCUCGGCGAGGAACCUGGAGCAGCUGGAGCUGGUGAGGGUGCCCUUCCUGGGGGGGCUGAUUCAGCACGUGGUGGAGGACAGCUGGAGAUCAGGGGGGUUCCGGAACCUGCACACCAUUGUGUUCGGAGCCUGUAAGAAUGCACUUGAAGUUGACCUGGGCUACCUCAUCAUUACUGCUGCCCGAAGUGCUGUGUUUUCCAGGCUGCACGAAGUCCGAAUCCAGCCUUCCCUCACCAAAGACGGGGUGUUCUCUGCGCUGAAGAUGGCAGAGCUGGAGUUCCCCCAGUUUGAGACUCUGCACCUGGGAUACGUCGAUGAGUUUCUGUUACAGUGUAAAAUGAGCCAUGCUGACCUGGUGAAGUACGGCUUGGCGGACGUGACGGAGAACCCUGGCAUCAUCACCGACAUCGGAAUGAAAGCGGUCAACGAGGUCUUCACCUCCAUCAAGUACCUCGGCAUCUACAACUGCCCCCACCUCCACACCCCACACACCUGGAUCACAGAUCACUCCCGCUGGAGCCGGCUGGUGGACCUCACCCUGGUGCGCUGCCAUGCCAUUAAACUGGAAUCCUUCAGCCAGUUCAUCGAGACGCUGCCCAGCCUGGAGUUCAUCUCCCUGGACCAGAUGUUCAGGGAGCCGCCCAAGGGCUGUGCCCGCGUGGGUCUGAGUGCUGGCACAGGGAUCGGAGUCUCCUCGGCUCUCGUCAGCAACCAGAACUCCAACAACGACAACGACAACAACAACAACAACCACCACCAUCAGAACAACAACGGCAACAUCGCGCCGCCCGGGAACGAUGAGGCGAGAGAGGAGGGGGGCGCCCCCGAGCAGCAGCUCCACGCCGAGGAGCUCCAUGGCAUGGAGGAAGCCGUGCAGGAGAACGUGGAAGCCGAGGCAGGGCUUGCAGCAGGCAGUCCACAGGACACGCCUGGACCCACACAGGCUGUCAAACCCAUGGAGGUGGACGAGGAACAAGCAGGCCCCAGCGGAGUGCAGCCCGCAGUGAAGAAGCUGCCCAUAGUGGUGCCCGAUUCAGACAGCGAAGACGAGGAGGACGGAGAGAGGACGGCCGGCACUGAGGAGCGGGCGACUCCAGGAUACGCUGAGGAUCCAGGGAAACACAGCAGUAAAGGGAAGACCCCCCUGCGACGACGAGGGGGCCCCGUUCCGGAGCAGUGCUGUGAGAAGGGCUGCCAGGUGACCAGCGAGCAGAUCAAGGCCGACAUGAAGGCUGCCGUCGAGACCCCCGAGCGGGGAGGCAGGGGGGAGAGCUCGAACCCAGGUCGCACGGGGGACGGGAGAUGCAUGUGCUCCAUGCGCUGGAGGGACGCCUCUGCUGCUAGUCGAGUGCAGCCGGGGGCAGGAGGCAGCAACGAGGGAAUGGUGCGCUGCACUUGCAGCAGGACUCGGCCCACUGCAGAGGGCAGAACUCGAGCCGGCGCAAACGAGCCUCCCGGCAGCACAGCCAGAGAGCAGGGGACAGGCCCUGGAACACUGCCCGGGGGGGCAGGGCGUGGAGCCAUUGAGACCCCUCCCAGGACUCAAGGUGGCCCAGUGCCGCAGGGCAGCAGUAGGACUAGUGGGCACUCCUCUGAGGAGGGGGCAGGGGGUAGGGGGCAGGACAGGAGGCUGAGCGAUGGGUACCCACACCGACCCGUCACCAGAGCCAGGAGCAGGCUGUCCCUCGUGCCUCUGGUCCCCGAGACAGAGCUCUCCAAACCAAAGCCGCGGGCCGCUGUGAAACGGAAACGAACCGCAGACAAAUCCACGAGCACCAGCGACCCUGUCACUGAGGACGACCAUGUGCAGGUGCUGACUCUAAAAUCCAAAAACCUGGUGGGGAUCACGUUAACAAACUGUGGGAUAACAGACUUAGUGCUGAAAGACUGCCCCAAAAUGAUGUUCAUUCACGCUACCAGGUGCCGGGUGCUGAAGCACUUGAGGGUAGAGAACGCCCCCAUUGUGAACCGCUUCGAUUACGCACAAUGCAAAAAGCUCAACAUGGAUCAGGUGCUGGACCAGAUACUGCGCAUGCCCCCCGAGAGGAACCGCAUCAUCUACCUGCGCCCCAUGCAGCAGGUGGACACGCUAGCCCUGGAGAAGAAGAUCUUCUGUGGACCCUAUCCGUACCACGUGUGCAUCAUCCACGAGUUCAGCAACCCCCCCAACGUGAGGAACAAGGUGCGCAUCCGCAGCUGGAUGGACACCAUCGCCAACAUCAACCAAGAGCUCAUCAAGUACGAGUUUUUUCCAGAAGCCUCCCGGACGGAGGAGGAUGUAAAGAGGCACCCGCACUACCCCUGGGGGCGGGACAUCUACACUCUGGAGGGUCUGGUGGAUGGCGCCCCCUACUCGAUGAUCACAGACUUCCCGUGGCUGCGAUCGCUCCGCACUGCCGAGCCCAACAGCUACGCACGCUACGACUUCGAGGAUGACGAGAGCACCACCAUCUACGCCCCGCGGCGGAAGGGCCAGCUGUCUGCGGAUAUCUGCAUGGAGACGAUCGGGGAGGAGAUCUCGGAGCUGCGGCAGAGCAGGCGGGGCGUGUUCCAGAGAGUGGUGGCCAUCUUCAUCCACUACUGCGACGUGCGGGGCGAGCCGGUGGAGGACGAUUACAUAUAGCCAGCUGCAGGACCCUCCGAGAGAGGGGGGAGACUCCACCGCCAUCCCAGUCAGUGGAGCGUCUCUACAAAGCUAGACAAAGGGAAACCCCGCCCACCCCCAGUAUCUAAUGCUGCCCUUCACCUCACACCUGCACGUGGUUCAGCUGCCUUGCUGAGGUGCUUUUCCAGCUACAGCAGAGGCAUGUCCAAGUCUGCCUUCCCUUUCACCCCCUUCCAAAACUGGCUUGUGCCUGCGUGCUUUCUGAUUGAAACGUGCCCUACGGAGGCAUUGGCCCCGUUGCAUUGUUUAGGAAAGGGUGCGUGCGUGCAUCCAGACUAGAAGAGUGAGUGUGUGGAUUGUGCUGCUUUUAAUGUACAUGGAAAACGCUGCACAGUGUCUCUGCUGACCAGGAUGGGAUAAGGCUGCACAGCGAAUGCACAGCUGCUGUAGAUGGAAACUUGUGGAGCAGCACGCUUUCCUAAGAGCAGGGGACUAGCCGUAGAGCAGGAGGGCAGUACAGUGCUGCCGUGGGACGUCUGAAAUGUGAGAGGGACGACGUUGUGUUGUUUUUUUUUGCUUCCUACCUCUGGUGCUCACAGAUCGAAUCAAGCUUUCGAGAAGCACCCAGUUCCAGAGCUAGGAGCACACGAGCGACAGACCUGCCAGAGUCUCUGCUUUUUGUGAUGUUGUACUGUCCAUCUGCGUGUUUUAUUGGGGUUUGUUGUUUUGUUGUUGAGUGUUUUACUGUUUUUCUUUUCAGACUGGAAGGUGAUGUCAGACUUCCCCUUUAAACCCAAGCCCUGUAAAGUCCUUCACUCGAAGGCUUGUCCCGGUGACCCCUAAAUUUCUCUGUUGAAACCAGUGAGAGCGCACUGCCUAGAACCGGGUCCAGGGUCCAGGUGACAUCCCCUUCCAGUCUGGAAACGAAGGGCAUGUCUGAGUGGAGAGAGAAUAACAAACGAUAUGUGUGUGAUUCGCAGCACAGAAAACAUCACAAUAAAGUCAAGGCACUAAUCAAUGCUGAUAAUACAAAUGAAAAAGCCAUUAACCUGUCGCUUCUGUGCUUCAUGCUCGUAAGCAUCUAACUAUGCCCGGGUGUGUCUCCUCCCCUCCAGGCUGCUGGGAGACCGUCCCCCGUCCCCUGUCCCCUUCAGCUGUAUAGCAGCACCCAGCCAUGUAUAGAGAAGGUGUGUACAGAUAUGAAGAGCUGUUGGGAUUGUCUGUUAUUUUUUGCGCUCAUAUGUUUUAUAAGAAAAAAAAAUACAUAACCGAUUUGAGUUAUUGAUAAAAGGGAGAAGAAUGAGUGAGUGUGAGGAAAUGCAUCUUGAUUGUACUCGUUAGCCAGGCUUGCGAGCAGAUAACUCUUAGUAUUUUUCUAGUUGGGACGACAGUUUACCCUCAGCCUCUGAGAUCGGAGGCAUCGUUUACUCCUCAUUUUUGUGCCUUUUUUACUUUCAAACUGGAAAGUGUUUUUUUUUGACUGGCUCUUGGGAAUGAAGUCAUGCCUGGAAGGUGAUUUUUUCCAGUUUAUAAUGGGGAAGUAACUUUUCAUGAUGAUGCAGAUGACAUGCCAUGGGUGACCCGGAACAUUAUUCCAGUCCAGCUGCAUUUACUGCUAAUGAACCACACGCUCCUGUUUGGCUUGUCUGGGCGCAUCGAGAGAGAUCCUCUGAUCGGGUUGCUGGUCUCUAUAGAGACUUUUCAGAAGCAGCGACCGCGGGGAUGAUCAUAGCCGGCUUGGCUGUGCUCUUCUCACGAGGUCAGGCACGCGGACGCACACACAGAACUUUCUGUACAAACUGCUGGACAUGGGAGCUCCAGAUCAUCGCUGCUGCAGGAACACACAUGGCAGAAUCUGUUCAGAGACCACCUGUCUGUCACAGAAGUCGUACCAGAACGCAGAACAGACCCACAAGGCCACGGUCGAGCAGAACUGACCCGGAUCAGGUACUGACUUGUGGGGAGUGUGUGCUCUCCUCCCCUCCCAGCCAUGAAACUGGGGGAGAAGCAGCAGGGCAGUCCAGAGAAAAGGAAGAGGGGCUCCUGGAAAUAUUUUCCACUUAAUGAAAUCAAUGAUAAUGCUACGUAUGUGCCAGCCCUGGUUCAGAUGAUUUAGAUCGUUCUGGUGAUGGUUCUAAGCAGGACACAGAAGUGGCUUGCAGACAGUGAAGAAAUGCUCUUGUUGCACAGCGAGGUUUCUUGUUUCGACGGGGAGUUUCAGACCCUGAACUUGAGUCUCUUGAGACAGUGUUUUACCGAGUUCCUGCAGAGAAGCAAAAGGGAAUUACUUUGUGUUUAGUUUUUUUGUAGUUUUGUUUGUUUUGUUAGUUUUUGUUUUUUGUUUUUUACACAAAAUCGAGAAAAAAAGUGUUUGUUUGGAGCGACUGUUUAAUACGAUGUGAUGCUAGGAAAUUUCUAAAAAUAAAACAUAUUUAUUUCUACAUUAUAUGUUAUAUUUGUUAUUUCUCGAGGAAAUAAACAUUUACAAUAAAA